AUGCUUUCUUCCCAUUUCCUCUUCGCGCUGCUCACUGCCUCAGGUGUUCGAGCUGCUCCAAAUUUUGUUGUGGAGAACACUGGCCCUCUCCUGGAAAAUGCCUCUGCUCACACGCGGGUGGCCACAGUCACCGUGUCUCUCUCACCUCAUACUUCUCUGGUUGGAGAUCCCGUUAUUCUUAAUGUCAGCCCUGUGGUGCAUCCUUUUGUGCUAUCUCGUAGAUUCUCGCAUCUGUGGGAUUUACUCAUCACCGGAGAGCCCAAACUGGACUUCGAGACGGUAGCUCUCUACUCCUUGACGAUAUUUGCCAGAGACAGCUCUGAGGCAACAGCAUCACAGACCCUUUUUGUCCAGAUUGAAGACGUGAAUGAACCACCUACUUUCACUGGGUCGCUUGCUCAGGAAGAUCAAGUUUCUGAGAUUUACAUCACAGAAGACAUUGCACCUGGCACCAUCAUUUACAAAGCAGUGGCCAAGGACCCAGAGGAUGCUGUGUUGGAGUACUUCAUUGCCCCGGAGAGCUGGGGCUUCACCAUCGACAGCGCUGGGACAAUUUCCACAGCAACGACUUUGGAUUUUGAGAGGGGCAUGAGAAGUUUUUCACUGGCUAUUAAAGUGGUUGAUCCUGGAGGACUGUUUGCUACUGGGAAUCUAAAGAUUUUCCUCAUCAAUGUCAACAACAAGCACCCCACUCUUGCCUGCAGCUUAUUUAGUGUUGAAAACGGGGUCUGGAGUGUCACCUCCACCAACUCAACUCUGCGUCGUAACGUCAACAUCACGCUGGACGAAGAAAUUCCCGUAGGGAAGACGAUUGCCGUGUGCCAGGCGGCUGAUGAAGAUAACUUGGGCCGCUUAACCUUUGGACUGGAGGCAGUGGAUGACUAUUUUGCAGUAGACAAAGAGAAAGGGACCGUGGUGACGACCACCCGUCUCGAUGUGGAGAAAACCGGCUUUGUACAUGCUCUGUUUUUCUCCAUUAAGGCGUGCGAUGGUGACCAGAGGUGUGCAGCCAUUCCGGUGACUACCUAUGUUCAUGGCAUUAACGACAACCCGCCUUUCUGUGAUCAGUAUUUGAUUAGGUACAUAGGCAAGGAAGAGGUUGCCAAGGACACCAUAAUUGCAAAGCUCACGUGCCACGACCUUGACAAGCCUCCUGACACAAUUCAUUAUGUUCCACGCUCUGGCCCAGUAGUCUCUGGACAACUGUUUGACCAAGUGCCGAAUGCUGAGAAUUUCAUUCAGGUUACCAAAGAUCUGGAUUAUGAAAACCCAGAGGUGGUUGCAGCAGGACACAUUUAUGAAAUGAUGAUUUCGGUAUUUGAUGAUCUACAUCCAUCUCAUACAGUGACCGUGACUAUCCUUGUGGAGAUUGCUCCCGACAAUGAUUUCAGUCCCAAGUUUCAAGCCUCACAUUAUGUAUUUUCAGUUCCAGAAACAUCAGGAGCCUUCUACAAAGUUGGACAAGUGACCGCCAUUGAUGAGGACCACCCGUCAAAUUGUCUGACAUACAAGAUAAUCAGUGGGGACAUCCAGGCUGUACGAAGGUUCUGGAUUCACCCUUUCUCUGGAGUGAUUGAACUCACCAGUCAGCCAGACUAUGAGUCGGUCAGGCAAUAUAACCUCACAGUACAAGUUGUGGACUGCGACAGAGCUCACCCACGGACCGCAGUGGCCACAGUCACUGUUGACAUUGAAGAUGAGAAUGAUGAAGCACCCGUCUGCAUCCCCUAUCUGUCCACGGCCAUCAUCUCUGAUGAUGUUGUUGCUGGGACAAACGUCAAUGGCCUCAAAUUAAACUGCCACGACAGAGAUUCACACGACUUUGAGAUGCGCUUUGAAAUGGCUUCUGGAAAUGAAAACCUUCAUUUCAAAUUAGACCCAAGUCGGGGUACAAAUACGCCCAAAUUAAUUGUGCAGAACCCCUUCAGCUUCGAAUCUGGAACCGAAGUGCAGCAGCAAUACCAUCUUGUGGUGCACGUGAUCGACGAUAACCUGAAAUACGGCAAAGCCAUCAAACCCAAGACAGGAACCGCCGUCAUAGACAUUUACGUGAGAAGAACCAGCAUGCCACCUGCUCCAACCAGUUCUGAACAGAGGAAAGGUCUGACCAUUGUGUACACAGCUAUCAACACGUAUGAGAACAGCGCCUGGUACGUGCCUUUCGUCCUCACGCUGAUGGCUGUGUUCUUUGCUGGAUUGGUUUCCUGGAUGUGUUUUCUUCUUUGGAGAUAUGGAAAUAUUAAAGACUGCUCUCAGAAAUUGACCAAGGAAGACUCCAAGUCAAAACUCAAAGGAAUGAAGUAUGUUGUAGGAGAUAGAAAUCAAAAAGAAAAAAAUGCUAUCACAGAAACCAGAAAUAAAAAGCUGGAAGUUCUAACUGCUGGCUCCCUCUCAGUGCUCCACUCUCCCCCUUUUCUGUCAGGAGGCUGA